GUGGCGGGACAAAACACUGGGUCGAUGGCGGCUGUGAGUGUGGUGGGCUGAGAUUGGCGGUAAACCAGCCUUGAACAACUCGCCCAAAUAUCCACGUUGCCUCUGCCCCACGAUGGUGUAGCGAGGUGUACUGCUGCCUACACCCCUCUGCCCCCUGCUGGACACCGCCAAGCCCCGCCAUAUAAGCAGAAACGCCCGAAAACUGCCCAAAUGUAUAAGCAACUCCAAAUGGGUUUACGUGCAUUUCUACUGCUGGCUCAGAAAAUAUGGAGUUUUGUCUGCUACGUGUUGAGAAAACAGGCCAGGACGGUGUUGCAGUACCAGCCUGUCAAAUAUGAGGUGUUGCCGCUGUCACCAUUGUCACGACACCGCCUCAGCCUGGUAAAGCGGAAGGUGCUGGUGCUGGACCUGGACGAGACACUGAUUCACUCCCACCACGAUGGAGUGAUCCGCCAAAUGGUGAAGCCAGGGACUCCACCGGACUUUGUGCUCAAGGUCACCAUCGACCGCCACCCUGUGAGGUUCUUCGUGCACAAAAGACCCCAUGUUGACUUCUUUCUGGAUAUUGUCUCCCAGUGGUACGACCUGGUGGUGUUCACAGCAAGCAUGGAGAUAUACGGAGCAGCAGUGGCGGACAAACUUGACGCAGGCCGAGGCAUCCUGAGACGUCGUUAUUAUCGGCAGCACUGCACGUUGGAUUAUGGGAGCUAUACCAAGGACCUGGCCGCUAUCUGCCCUGACCUAGCCUCCAUAUUCAUUCUGGAUAACUCCCCUGGGGCUUAUAGACAGUACCCAGACAAUGCAGUACCCAUCAAAUCAUGGUUUAGCGAUCCUCUCGACACCUCCCUUCUGUCGCUGCUGCCGGUCCUGGACGCCCUCAGGUUUACGACAGAUGUCCGUUCCGUCCUUUCCCGCAACCUACACCUCCACCAUAUUUGGUAGUGCAUAUACUGCCUGCCCCCGUGCGUCCCCCGCCCCCCUCCUCUCCUGCCUGGCCUUGCCCUGGGAGGAGGUGGAAGGCGCCCGUACCUAACCUGGGGAGCUGUCCUAACAUGAUCGCCUCGGACACUCCUCGAACAGGGUCUACCUCAGCUGCUGCGGCCGCCUCCAUUAGAACAUCAACAGACUCUUCAAAGGAACAUUUCAUGAGCGCCCCUGUGUCCUGGCGAUUGAUGCCGUGUCGGGUGAUGGCCAUGAGGUGUCCCUUGCUGGUCAUCACGUCGCAGAGCAGGGCCAGGUGUCUGUAGUUCACGUAGAGACCG